CUCCCGCUGCAUCACAGAGAGGAAAAUACCACCAGAUGGCGGUUUAGGAUUGCUGCUCUUAUCUGAAGGCGCGGUUCCGCUUGCACUGCCAAUUUUCAAUAUAAAUAUACCAACAAUAUUCAAACUAAAAACCUUCGCACGUGCGGAAAGGCGAUAACCAGUUCGGCGAUGGUUGUUAAAGCUGAAGACAGCUAAGUGGCGGCAGGUUAAGAGCCGUCCAUCCACCAGCCUCUCCUCCCCACCCUUCCAGACAUUUCCCCCCAUUUGGAUCAUCUCACCUGCACCCUAGUUCUCACACCUCAACCACGCUCAACGUUGAAGACGCACACAAGCAGAGCUGCAGAGGUCAACAGCUCCCCCAUUGAACAAGAUGAUCACCUCGGAGCUUCCUGUCCUACAGGACUCCUCCAAUGAGUCUGGGGCAACAGACACUGUGAGCUUAAGCAUGAACAUCACAGAGAUGGAAGAUCCAGAGAUCAAAGGCAAGAAGAAGAGGGGGAGGCCUGGAAAACAGACACAGACGUCCAAUAAGAAGCCCCGGAAGUCUCCAACAGACAAGACUCUGACCAUGGCCAGAGGAAGGGGGAAAGCAAAUGGCGUGGCUCAGCAAAAUGGAAACGGAGGAGAGCCCGUGACUCUGUUUGAAGUUGUCAAACUGGGAAAGAGUGCAAUGCAGUCUGUCGUUGAUGAGUGGAUCGAGGCAUACAAGCAAGAUCGAGACUUGGCCCUGCUGGAUCUCAUCAACUUUUUCAUCCAGUGCUCCGGCUGCAAAGGCACUGUGAGGAUAGAGAUGUUCAGGAACAUGCAGAAUGCAGAGAUCAUCCGCAAGAUGACGGAGGAGUUUGAUGAGGACAGCGGGGAUUAUCCUCUAACGAUGCCCGGCCCAAUGUGGAAAAAGUUUCGCUACAACUUCUGCGAGUUUAUCGGCGUUUUGAUCCGUCAGUGUCAGUACAGCAUCAUCUACGAUGAAUACAUGAUGGACACAGUCAUUUCCCUCCUUACUGGACUGUCGGACUCCCAAGUACGAGCCUUCAGGCACACCUCCACAUUAGCAGCAAUGAAGCUGAUGACGGCGCUGGUUAAUGUGGCAUUGAACCUGAGCAUUCAUCAGGACAACACCCAGAGACAAUACGAGGCUGAGAGGAACAAGAUCGCUGGCAAACGAGCCAAUGAGAAGCUGGAACUGCUGCUGCAAAAGAGGAAGGAGCUUCAAGAGAAUCAAGAUGAAAUAGAAAAUAUGAUGAACUCCAUCUUUAAGGGUAUCUUCGUGCAUCGCUACAGGGAUGCUAUUGCUGAGAUUAGAGCCAUUUGCAUCGAGGAGAUUGGAGUGUGGAUGAAGAUGUACAGCGACGCAUUCCUUAAUGACAGCUACCUUAAAUAUGUUGGUUGGACGUUACAUGAUAGGCAAGGAGAGGUGCGUCUGAAAUGCCUGAAGGCUCUGCAGAACCUUUACACAAACAGAGAGCUGUUCCCCAAGCUCGAGCUUUUUACCAACCGCUUUAAGGAUCGAAUUGUCUCGAUGACACUGGAUAAAGAGUAUGAUGUGGCUGUUGAGGCCAUCAGACUGGUUACCCUCAUUCUGCAGGGCAGUGAAGAUGCCUUGUCAAACGAGGACUGUGAGAACGUUUACCACCUGGUUUACUCUGCUCACCGACCUGUAGCAGUUGCUGCAGGAGAGUUUCUUCAUAGAAAGUUGUUCAGUCGCCAUGACCCGCAGGCUGAGGAAGCCCUGGCUAAACGGAGAGGCAGGAGCAGUCCCAAUGGGAAUCUCAUCCGGAUGCUUGUUCUCUUUUUCUUGGAGAGCGAGCUUCAUGAGCAUGCAGCGUACCUGGUCGACUCGCUGUGGGAAAGUUCUCAAGAGCUGCUGAAAGACUGGGAAUGCAUGACUGAACUUCUGCUGGAGGAGCCCGUUCAGGGAGAAGAGAUGUUGUCAGACAGACAGGAGAGUGCUUUGAUAGAGUUGACGGUGUGCACCCUCCGACAGGCGGCCGAGGCACACCCACCUGUUGGCAGAGGCACUGGCAAACGAGUCCUGACUGCUAAGGAGAGGAAGACCCAAAUAGACGAUAAGAAUAAACUCACUGAACAUUUCAUCAUGGCUCUUCCUAUGUUAUUAUCUAAGUACCAGGCAGAUGCAGAGAAGGUAGCAAAUCUACUUCAGAUCCCGCAGUUCUUUGACCUGGAUGUAUACAGUGCCGGGCGCAUGGAGAAGCAUCUGGAUGCCUUAUUGAAGCAGAUCCGGUUAGUGGUGGAGAAACACAUUGAGACGGACGUGCUGGAAGCCUGCAGUAAAACCUACAGCAUCCUGUGCUCUGAGGAGUACACCAUCAUGAACCGCGUAGACAUCGCUCGCUCACAGCUCAUCGAUGAGAUGACCGACCGAUUUGCACACUCGGUUGAAGAGCUGCUGCAGGAGGGUGAAGAAGCCGACGAUGACGACAUCUACAACGUUCUGUCUACUCUUAAGCGUCUCACAGCUUUCCAUAAUGCUCAUGACCUAACAAGGUGGGAUCUGUUUGGGAAUUGUUACCGGCUGCUGAAGGCGGGCAUAGAGCAGGGCUCCAUGCCAGAGCAGAUUGCUGUGCAGGCCCUGCAGUGCUCUCACUACUCCAUCCUGUGGCAGCUGGUGAAGAUCACGGAGGGGGUUCCCAGCAAGGAUGACCUCUUAGCUCUCAGGAGGGUGGUGAAGUCUUUCCUCGCUGUAUGCCAGCAGUGUCUGUCCAACGUCAACACACCAGUUAAAGAGCAGGCGUUCAUGCUUCUAUGUGACCUGCUGAUGAUCUUCAGCCACCAGUUAAUUACGGGAGGAAGAGAAGGUCUCCAGCCGCUGGUGUUCAACCCAGACAGUACUCUGCAAAACGAGCUGCUAAACUUUGUCCUGGAUCAUGUCUUCAUCGAUCAGGAUGAUGAAAAUCAGAGCAUGGAGGGAGACGAGGAGGACGAGGCCAACAAGAUUGAAGCUCUGCACAAAAGGAGAAAUCUGCUCGCAGCUUUCUGCAAACUUAUCAUCUAUGACAUCGUAGACAUGCCUGCUGCUGCUGAUAUCUUUAAACACUACAUGAAGUACUACAACGAUUAUGGUGACAUCAUCAAGGAAACACUCAGUAAAACAAGACAGACAGACAAGAUUCUCUGUGCAAAAACACUCAUACUCAGUCUGCAGCAGCUGUUCAAUGAGCUCCUGCAGGAUCAGGGUCCCAAUCUGGAUCGAACAUCGUCACAUGUUAGCGGCAUCAAGGAGCUGGCUCGCCGCUUCGCUCUGACCUUUGGUUUGGAUCAGAUCAAGACCAGAGAGGCUGUUGCAACGCUACACAAGGAUGGAAUAGAGUUUGCAUUUAAGUAUCAAAACCCUCGAGGAUCAGAGUUUCCUCCCAUCAAUCUGGCCUUCCUGGAGGUCCUGAGUGAAUUCUCCUCCAAACUAAUACGGCAAGACAAAAAGACGGUUCACUCGUACCUGGAAAAGUUCAUGUCUGAGUCGAUGUCGGAACGCCGGGAGGAUGUGUGGCUGCCGCUGAUCUCUUACAGGAACAGUCUGCUGACCGGCGGAGACGAGGACCACAUGUCCGUCACAUCAGGCUCCAGCAGCAAGACAGGCUCUGUGCGCAGCAAGAAGGGACGUCCGCCGCUGCACAAGAAACGCAUUGAGGAGGAGAGCAGCGUGGAGGGCUCAUGGAUGAUGAGAAAUGACACACUUCAGACGCCGAGUGCGCUCCAGACUCCUCAGCUCACCUCAACGGUUCUCAGAGAAAACAGACCUGCAGAACACAUGCCUGAUCCGGACUCAGAACCAGGAUCGGAGAACGACUACGUCCACAAUCCUCAGAUGCAGAUGUCUUGGCUCGGCCAACAGAAGAUGGAGGAGGUGAACAGGAAAGACCGAACGAGCAUGAACUACAUCAAGUCACGCAGCAACCAGGGCGUCCGGCAGACUGUCCGCGGUUUGAUGGAGGACGACGCAGAGCCCAUCUUUGAAGACGUGAUGAUGUCAUCGCGGGGCCAGCUGGAAGACAUGAACGAGGAGUUUGAAGAUACCAUGGUGAUCGACCUGCCACCGUCGAGGAACAGACGGGAAAGAGCAGAAUUAAGACCAGACUUCUUUGACUCUGCAGCGAUGAUAGAAGACGAGUCGGGAUUCAGCAUGCCCAUGUUCUGAUGUGGAAAGUGAAUAUCACGAGUUCAGCUUGCUGAGGAGUGAACUGAAGGGAGGGAGGGUCUGGGACGGUGACUGUACCGCCUAACAAUCAAACUCGUUGUAAAGAAGAAUAUACUGUGUUAAAGUGUUGUCUAUCUUUCUCUGAGACAUGACGGAAGGAUGUUGGCCAAGUGGAUCGGCGUCGGCUGGAAACAAUCUGGAAGUUGGGAUCUGUUCUCUCUCACGCAGACUGGAGGUUCUGCAGUCAGAAUUAUUCAAGAACUUCGACCCAUUCGUGUUUUUUUUUUUGCCUCCUCUUCCUCUGCAGCCUGUCGGCGUAGCUCUGGUUAGUGGUGCUCCCGAUGGCGCUGGCUUUGAAACCCUGCAGCUGGUCCAGUUUUUACACUUCCUGAUACAGUGAUGCACAGAUUCUAGCCGCCAUAGUUCUCUGUACAGCCCCUACUUCUACUUUUGAUGUUGCACUUCAGUCCUUCUGGUUGAGUCGAACAUAAACAGGACGACCCCACUAAAUGUUCCACCUCUUCGCUGUGAAUCACCAGCCUCUCCCCUUUUGCUGUCUGCUCGCCAUCUCUUGUAUGUGGUGCUUGAUGUGCGUGUUGAAGUGUCGGUGUACGGUGGCCCAGUAGUGACACACCUAGACAAGAGAUCCACAGCUCUCAGCUGACCCCAGAGGAUGUUCAUACAUUGACCAAGCAUAUCAGAGCUUGUUGGACUGUGAGGAGCAAAGAAAACCCCCUGCUGUCUCACACACACACCCACUCUAAAUAACAGCUUUUUAAAGUAAAAACGUUUAAAAAAAUAUAAUAAACAUAUUUUCAACUCUGUAGCUUUAGUACUAAAGUUUUAAAUCAAGUGUGUUUUGUCUGUUUGUACAGUUUUUUUUUUGUUUUGUUUUUCUUGAGUACGUAUCAUGUUUGUUGCCAAAUUGUGGCCUACAUACUUAAAAGUAUAUUCCAUCCCUCUCACCUGUUAAAGCGGUUACCAUAGAUACCAGCUUUUAGGCGCCGUAUCGUCUGAUUGUAAUUAACACUCAAGUAUUGCAGCAGAAUAUCUGUGCCGUUCCAUCAUCUAAAAAGGUCAAAACGAGCCGCUUACAUCUUUUGCACCCGCAUUCAGUGUUAAUGGAUCCAAGAAGUUCUAGAUUUUGUUGUUGAUCAUCGUUCAUAUCCAGUGCAGUGAUGGAUCUUUGUCUGGCAGAUCUGUUUUGAAUGUGUUCUGAAUGUUAUCAGCCAUACCUUUUACUUGCCCUCUUUUGGGUCAGCAAACAAUUUUCAACCUCUUUCGCUGUAAAUAUCAGAGAUGAUUGGAUCUUUUUCUGCCGUGCAGUUGACAUCAGUUGCCCUAACUUACUCUAAAAGCCUGUUUUUCUGUGAUCUUUUUAAUAAAAUCUGUAAUCAGUUUAUGAACUAA